AUGGUUCGUGGCGAACUCCCCUCGAUCGGGUUUAUUGGACUUGGCGCCAUGGGCUUCGGAAUGGCCACAAACCUCGUUCGAGAAGGAUACAAAGUCAAAGGUUUCGACAUCUCCGACGAAAUCCUAAAACAGUUCGUCGCUGCUGGCGGCACUGCUGUAACCUCACCAGCCGAGGCUGCCAGAGAUCAACAUGUUUGCAUCUGCAUGGUAGCGACGCCUCUACAAGCCCAGACAGUUCUGCUAGACGGCAAAGACCCGGCCGUGCCAGCGCUUCCCAUUGGCGCCGUUCUACUUCUCUGCUCCACCGUACCCUGCGGCUACGUACAGAACCUCUCUGAACAAAUAGCCAACUGCGAUAGAGCAGACAUCGCGUUGAUCGACUGUCCAGUUUCUGGCGGAGCCAUCAGAGCUGCGAACGGCUCCCUAUCGAUUAUGGCCGGUGCCUCAAAAGAGGCUAUUGGUAAGGGUCAGGAUGUUUUGCAGGCCAUGUCCGACCCGGCGAAACUUUACAUUGUUGAUGGUGGUAUUGGCGCUGGUAGCAACAUGAAGAUGUGUCACCAAGUCCUCGCAUCGAAUCAAAUUCUGGCUGCUAGCGAGGCCAUGGGUCUUGCGAGCCGCCUGGGUCUUAGCCUUGAGACGACUGGCAAACACAUCAUCACCUCAGACGCAUGGAGCUGGAUGUUCGAAAAUAGGCUUCCCCGCAUUCUCAAUCCCAUCAUCACAUCUGAAGCCCGGCGAGCUGGGUUCCCUUGCCACAUGACUUCUAUAGCGGAGCAAGUGUACUUCACAGGCCUGGGUCGCGGAUGGGGUUCGGACGACGACAGCACCUUGAUCCGCCUAUACACGGAGGGUAAAGGCGGCGUUGGUCCUGUAAAGGCAGAGGCUGAGAGCGACGACGCCAAGUUGAAGUUAGUAGUGGACCUUCUUCGCGGGAUCCAUCUCUGUGCAGCAGCUGAGACCUUGGCCUUUGCUGAGUUCCUCGGUCUUAAUUUACACCAGGUGCAUGAGCUUUGUGUCAACGCGGCUGGAGGCAGCCGUCUACUGACAAAGUUUGGCCCGGAGAUGGUGCAGUGUCUGAGACCUGGAACAAAGGUGCAGCAUGAGGCGGCGACGGCGGCUGAGCAACAAGGAGGGCUUGGAGAACUUCUGCGCGACGUCGAGAACGCUGUGGAAGAGGCGCAGAGAUUGAAAGUUCCUGUAUUCCUAGCCACCCAAGCAUUGAAUCUUCUACGAAGAGCGGCACGAGCUGGAAGGGGCAAAACAUUGUCUGGUGUGACGGCUGGAGCUUUAGUCCGGGUCUGGGAACCAUGA